AAAAGUAACUCGUCCAUAACCAUGUCGGCUCAAGUUGCCUUGCCAGGUGACUUCGGCGCAGACACGCCUCCGCCAUAUAGUGAGAACGUCCCCCACAACCUGCGUCGAGCCACCGCCCGUCUUCAAUUCCCGCCCUCAUAUGUCGUCGUCGGCAUAUAUAGACUCUUCACGGAUAGGAAUCUGUUUGUCCCAGCAUGGAAGAAGUGCCAGCAUGGAGUCGUGAGAGGUCUGGGAGUUGGGUUGGUGUGGGCAGUAUCGACCUUCAAGCUUCAGCGUUGGAUCAUAGAACGUUUCUACAUGAAUUCUCCUCGAGUUCUGGGUCUCUCGACUACGGGACGACGUUGGGGUCUCGCCACGUUCUUCUUCGUGGCCACGCAAGUUUCUGGCAUCGUCACAUAUUUCGUCUCUCAUGGUCUCCGCGUUGCACGAGAGCGAGCAUACAACCAAACCAUCGAGUCCAGGAAUAAGGGGCCGGACUUCUGGCAUCCGUACGUGGAGGAGUGGGACAAUCCUCCUACAGUAAGCAAGAGCGUUGGGUACUUCCAAGCGAAGGGUAUGACCACGGAACAGGUGUCCAUCUUCAUGGAGGAGCGCAAGUGGGACUACAGAGCGUUCGGCUUCGUCGCAGCUCUUCUUGAGCGCAUUCCGCUCCUCGGACUGGUAUUCUCGGUAUCGAAUCGCAUUGGCGCUGCUAUGUGGGCUGUCGAUCUUGAGAAACGACAGCAUUAUGUGGCUGAGAUGAGAAUACCUCCGGGAAGCAAAUCGAACCAAGUGAAGCUCAUUGAACGCUCACUAUUUACUGAAACGCCCAAUCGUCUUUCUAGAGAGUCGUCACAGGCCUGAUGGAAACCAUGCACUGCGCUCGUGCCCUCUGGCGUACCCUCGGAUAUGGCUUAGUAUCAGAUAUACUGUUGUGGUAACCCCAUUGAAACCGGUCGCUUUCGCGUCCCGCCUUACUCAAACACGGCGGCUUGGCACUUCAAGGCUACAGGUGAGCUGGCUGAGCUGCCAUCUCAUGUUAUGUACCGUUCACUUCAC